GGGCGGCGGGGCAGCUCGGACAGGGGGCGCCGCUGUGCGGAUAUGGACGCGAGCGCCCUCGCACGACGGCGGCCCGAGAAGAGCCGAGUGGGAAGCGGCCCGGGAUCUGGGUCGAGCCUGCCUGGCCGUCCGGACUCGCUGCCGCCCUCGCGGCCUAGCUGGAGUCUGGCUGCUGGGCACGGCCUGGACCCUUCCCUGGGGACGCCCGCCCGGGCCGCCGUGGACUGGGGUGGCCAGGGUGCGGCCUGGAUCCCCGCGUGGCAAGCAGGGCGAGUGACGGGAGGUCUGCCCGUAGCGCCCACGUUCCAGGGGUGGGUGGAUGGGGCACCCAGCCGCCGCAGCCGCGAGCUCGUAGGGUGCACUGACCCCGUUGGCGGCUGGGGUGCCCACCCCGCAAGCUAUCACAGAGCGACUUCCGGUCUCUGAGCCCUGUCCUCUGCACCCCACCUUUCCGCCGCCUAGAGCCUCCGCACCCUCCUGCGCCUAUCGGAACUUGGCACAGGCUCACCCCACUUUGUGUAGGAACUCCGGAUCCUUCCAUGGGGUCCUCAUUCCAGAUACUCAGGAACCCCACUUCCUGCCAGGGUGGAGAGGAUGGGGUCCUUGAAGGCCAGCUGAGGGCCCUGACUUACAGUCAGAGGUCAGGGGUCAGCAGCAGAAGAGUGGAUUCGUGCUGAGUCAUUGGCCAUGGGUGGGUUCCGUGCCUUCCCUCCCUUGGGCAGGCGUUUGGUAGGCAAAUGUGUGGGCACGCAGGCCACUGGGGUGCUCCAUCUUGGGCUUGGGAGUGUCUGCGGCCCCGUCCAUAGCCCGGGAGACACGUACCCAUGAAAGGAUACAACGUGAGGAAUGAAGCCACUGGAGGUCUGGGCAUCACCCUGUGAUGACGAGGGGUGUCUGCUGGGAGGGCUCCUGGCGACGGGGGAUUCCACAGUCCAGAUGAUCCCUGCCCCCAUUACACGCAGCCUAGAGCCUGGACGCUGUGUGGAUAUCCCUCCCCCGUGAAAUCCAAAGGGACAGUGGGGGCCCUUUCUAGAGUGUCCCCCAGCGUCGGGAAAUGCCCUCAAACAAAGUCAGCAGGGUUGUUCCCCCUGCCCUGUAUGGUCAGACACCACCCCUACAGCCAGGCUGGCAGUGGUGAGUGGGCGUCCCAGCCCAGCCAGACAGGCCUACACCUCACCCCCAUGUGGUUGGCCUCGAUCGGCCCCUGGCACAACCAGAACAGUGUGCCCUAACCAGCCCCAUAUGUCAACCAUGAGGACAGUGCCUCAACAAAGAAAUGUUGGGACAGCUUCUCCCAGGCCAGUUGGUAUCUGGGGCUGUUGAGUGGUACCAGGUAUUUCCCAUGUCCCAACUCCAUGUCACCCCCAGGGGUACCAGGCAGGAUGGCGGCCUCCUGACCCCAACAUUCUCAGCCUAGUGGCUCUGGCUAGCACCCAUGCAGUCCAGCUGGCCAGCGCCCAUCCUGUCAGCACCCCAGGGCACACUCCUUUGUCUGGGCUGAACCACCUUCUCAGCCAGGGCCAACAUUCGGGAACCUGUGUGCUAGGCGGGGAUAGGUGUCCUGCCUCCCUCUCCAACCCGAGGAGCAGUGGGAUGGGCUGAGCAGUGCCUAGGGUUCUCCUUCCAGGGAGAGGUACCCAGGUAGCUUGGUGACCCCAUGUGCGUGGGCCCUGGGUGCUCCCCAUCUGACACCUUUCUGGAGGGGUCAGGCACCCUGCAGGGACCCUUUGGAGAACAGAGUGGGCUGUGGGGCAGCCAAGUAUGGAUAAUGGUGGGGAGCCCAGGACCUGGAAAGGUCCCUGCUGUCAUGGACGGGCUGGUGGUGACAGGACUCUGAGCAAGUGGAGAGGCAGAUCUGGGCGAUGUGGAGUGCAGGGCCCUGUGGGCACCCAGGGGUUGUGGUCCAGGGAGGUUUUAUCUGAGAGGGACAGUGACAAGAAAGGUCAAGGGAAGGAGAGGGGCUGGUAGACAGGGACAGAGUCUAGGGGUCAGUGUUGCAGGGCUGGGCAGUCAUAGAAUGGGCUGUGGGAACCCAAUUGUGAAACCCUGAGGAUGGGGAGGAGGUGUGGCCCGGGGCUAUGCAUGGGGCUUAAGGUUGCCAUUCCAGGAGGAGGGUGGUCACAGCCCUGUCUGCUGCGCUCACCUUGGCUAGGCAUGGUGUCUUGUGGACCUUCAGCUGUGUUGUGCAGUAGAGGUCGGCCAGAGAGGUGCAGUGACCUACCCACGGUCUCCCAGGCAGUCAGGGACAGACACAUGGCAGCAUGGGUGGCACCAGCUUGUCCAGUAGGCACAGUGCCAGGGGCCUGUGAAUGUCUUAAGAAAAAUGUGAAUACUAUAAUGAUGAAUGCAGCCUGGAUUGUUUGUCUUUAAGCCAACAGUCAUAAAAUGUUUUGGGGGGGGAUUGGUUUUAUUUUCAUUUUUUGUAGCGAUGCGGUCUCACUCUUAUCACCUAGGCAGGAGUGUAGUGUCACAAUCAUAACUCAUAGCAGCCUCCAACUCCUGGGCUCAAACUUUCCUUGUCUCAGCUUCCCAAGUGGCUGGGACUGCAUGCACACACCACCAUGCCUGCCUGAUGUUUAAAACUUAUUGUAGAGAUGGGGUCUUGCUGUGUUACCCAGGCUGGUUUCAAACUCUUGGCUUCAAGCAGUUCUCCUGCCUCAGCCUCCCAAAGGAAGGAGAGACAGGGCUGGGACACCUGUGCCCCACCCUCUACCAGUGUCCCCUCAGCUCGGGGCAUCCUACAGUCUGGGUUGCCCUCUGUGAGCCUGGCUCGGCUGGUGUCCUGGAAGGCUUCCUGGGCAUGGGCUAAACUUCAGCCUACCCAAGUCACUGACAGCCCCUUCCACAGUGUGUCCAUGCUAGAGGGUAGGAGUGGUCCCAGUGCCCCCACCCCUAGUCAUGUGUCUCCCUGCCCCUCCAGACCCCUGGCCCCAACAUGGCCCGUCGCUCCCAGAGCUCCUCGCAGGGGGACAACCCGCUGGCACCCGGGUACCUGCCGCCUCACUACAAAGAGUACUACCGCCUGGCGGUGGAUGCACUGGCCGAGGGUGGCUCGGAGGCCUACAGCCGCUUCCUGGCGACUGAGGGGGCACCGGACUUCCUGUGCCCUGAAGAGCUGGAACAUGUGAGCCGACACCUUCGGCCUCCACAGUAUGUUACCCGAGAGCCACCUGAAGGCAGCCUUCUCGACGUGGACAUGGAUGGAUCCUCGGGUACAUACUGGCCAGUGAACUCAGACCAGGCCGUGCCUGAGCUUGACCUGGGCUGGCCUCUGACCUUCGGCUUCCAGGGCACCGAGGUGACCACCUUGGUGCAGCCACCACCUCCUGACAGCCCCAGCAUCAAGGAUGAGGCCCGCAGGAUGAUCCGUUCUGCCCAGCAGGUGGUGGCUGUGGUGAUGGACAUGUUCACUGAUGUGGACCUGCUCAGCGAAGUGCUGGAGGCCGCCGCCCGUCGCGUCCCAGUCUACAUCCUGCUGGAUGAGAUGAACGCGCAGCACUUCCUGGACAUGGCCGACAAGUGCCGUGUCAACCUGCACCACGUGGAUGUGAGUUCCCGGGAGUGGGAGAUUGGGGAGGACCGCUGGCAGAGAUCUGACUCCCCUCCCUCCCCAGUUCCUGCGGGUACGGACUGUGGCGGGCCCCACCUACUACUGCCGCACUGGGAAGUCCUUCAAGGGCCACGUCAAGGAGAAGUUCCUGCUGGUGGACUGUGCCGUGGUGAUGAGUGGGAGCUACAGGUGCGCCCGCGAGGUUCCCUCACCCCCUUCUCUGGGGCCUCCUCCUGUAGCCCCAGCACCCCCUUUCCACACCAGGGCCCUCCUUGCCAGGAGCCCUUGUCCUGUAGCCCCCUGCACAGCCUAGCAGGGCCCAGGUCCUUGCAGACCUCACAUCCCUGCGUCCUCCCCGCCCCACCCGAUGCCCACGGGGCUGCAGUGCCCUCGCUCCAGCUCGGUUUGACUCUGGCCCUGACCCCCCACAGCUUCAUGUGGUCCUUUGAGAAGAUCCACCGCAGCCUGGCACACGUGUUCCAAGGAGAGCUGGUCUCCAGCUUCGAUGAGGAGUUCCGCAUCCUCUUCGCGCAGUCCGAGCCGCUUGUGCCCUCGGCCGCGGCCCUGGCCCGCAUGGAUGCCUAUGCCCUGGCUCCGUAUGCCGGGGCCGGGCCCCUCGUGGGCGUCCCUGGGGUCGGGGCGCCAACCCCUUUCUCCUUCCCGAAACGAGCGCACCUCCUGUUCCCGCCACCCCGGGAAGAGGGCCUGGGCUUCCCCUCCUUCCUCGACCCGGACCGCCACUUCCUGUCGGCCUUCCGCCGGGAGGAGCCUCCGCGGAUGCCGGGGGGCGCACUGGAGCCGCACGCGGGGCUGCGGCCGCUCUCGCGACGCCUGGAGGCCGAGGCCGGGCCGGCUGGGGAGCUCGCGGGCGCGCGGGGCUUCUUCCAGGCGCGGCACCUGGAGAUGGACGCCUUCAAGCGGCACAGCUUCGCGACCGAGGGCGCCGGCGCCGUGGAGAACUUCGCGGCCGCGCGGCAGGUGUCGCGGCAGACGUUCCUCAGCCACGGCGACGACUUCCGCUUCCAGACCAGCCACUUCCACCGCGACCAGCUCUACCAGCAGCAGUACCAGUGGGACCCGCAGCUCGCGCCGGCGCGCCCGCAGGGCCUGUUCGAGAAGCUUCGCGGGGGCCGCGCGGGUUUCGCGGACCCGGAUGACUUCACCUUGGGCGCCGGGCCCCGCUUCCCGGAGCUCGGACCCGACGGGCACCAGCGGCUGGACUACGUGCCGUCCAGCGCGUCCCGCGAGGUGCGCCACGGUUCGGACCCCGCCUUCGGGCCCGGACCCCGUGGCCUGGAGCCCAGCGGGGCCCCGCGCCCCAACCUGACCCAGCGCUUCCCAUGCCAGGCGGCGGCGAGGCCUGGCCCAGACUCCGCUCCCGAGGCGGAGCCGGAGCGCAGGGGCGGGCCCGAGGGGCGGGCCGGGCUGCGGCGCUGGCGCCUGGCCUCCUACUUGAGCGGAUGCCAUGGCGAGGAUGGGGGCGACGACGGCCUGCCGGCGCCCAUGGAAGCGGAGGCUUACGAAGACGACGUGCUGGCUCCCGGGGCCCGGGCAGCUGCCGGCGACCUGCUCCCCUCAGCCUUCCGCGUCCCUGCAGCCUUCCCCACGAAGGUCCCGGUGCCAGGCUCGGGCAGCGGCGGCGGCAACGGCCCAGAGCGCGAGGGCCCGGAGGAGCCCGGCCUGGCCAAGCAGGACUCAUUCCGCUCGCGCCUGAACCCCCUGGUCCAGCGCAGCUCCAGGCUGCGUUCCUCGCUCAUCUUCAGCACGUCACAGGCUGAGGGCGCAGCCGGGACUGCGGCGGCCACAGAGAAGGUGCAGCUGCUGCACAAGGAGCAGACGGUCAGCGAGACGCUGGGGCCCGGAGGAGAGGCCGUACGCUCCGCGGCUUCCACCAAGGUGGCGGAGCUGCUGGAGAAGUACAAAGGCCCAACCCGCGAUUCCGGCGGCGGCGUGGGCGCCAUCACCGUUGCCAACCACAGCAAGACCGUCGUGUCCCAGGCGUGGCGGGAAGAGGUGGCGGCCCCAGGUGGCGUGGGUGGCGAGCGCCGCAGCCUCGAGAGCUGCCUCCUGGACCUGCGCGACUCCUUUGCGCAGCAACUGCACCAGGAGGCGGAGCGGCAGCCGGGAGCCGCCUCGCUCACCGCGGCGCAGCUGCUCGACACGCUGGGCCGGAGCGGCUCCGACCGCCUGCCCUCCCGCUUCCUCUCUGCCCAGGGCCGCUCAACCUCCCCGGAAGGGCUGGACAGCCCUCUGCCCCUGGAAGGGCCCGGGGCGCACCAGGUGCUCCAUAAUGAGCCAAAAGGGAGCCCCACCUCGGCUUACCCUGAGCGGAAGGGGAGCCCCACGCCCGGGUUUUCCACUCGAAAAGGAAGUCCAACUACAGGAUUUAUUGAGCAGAAGGGGAGCCCCACCUCAGCCUACCCCGAGCGCAGGGGCAGUCCGGUGCCCCCAGUGCCGGAGCGCAGGGGCAGUCCGGUGCCCCCCGUGCCGGAGCGCAGAGGCAGUCCGGUGCCUCCCGUGCCGGAGCGCAGGGGCAGCCUCACUCUUACCUUCUCCGGGGAGUCCCCAAAGGCCGGGCCCGUGGAGGAGGGGCCGAGCGGCCCCAUGGAAGUCCUGCGCAAAGGCUCCCUGCGCCUUAGGCAGCUGCUGAGCCCCAAGGGCGAGCGGCGCCUGGAGGAUGAGGGUGGCUUCCCAGUGCCGCAGGAGAACGGGCAACCUGAGAGCCCACGGCGGCCGUCACUGGGCCGGGGUGACAGCACAGAGGCCGCCACAGGAGAGGAGCGGGGCCCGCGGGCGCGCCUGACUUCAGCCACGGCCAAUGCCUUGUACAGCAGCAACCUUCGGGAUGACACGAAGGCCAUUCUGGAGCAGAUCAGCGCCCACGGCCAGAAGCACCGUGCGGUCCCUGCCCCGGGCCCUGGCCCUUCGCACAGCAGCCCCGAGCUAGGCCGUCCACCGGCUGCUGGCGGCCUGGCCCCGGAUAUGUCCGACAAGGACAAGUGUUCAGCCAUUUUCCGCUCGGACAGCCUAGGGACCCAGGGCCGGCUGAGCCGCACGCUGCCAGCCAGCGCGGAGGAGCGCGAUCGGCUGCUGCGCCGCAUGGAGAGCAUGCGCAAGGAGAAGCGCGUGUACAGCCGCUUUGAGGUCUUCUGCAAGAAAGAAGAGGCCAGCGGCCCUGGGGCAGGGGAAGGCCCCGCGGAGGAGGGCACCAGGGACAGCAAGGUGGGCAAGUUCGUGCCCAAGAUCCUGGGCACGUUCAAAGGCAAGAAAAUAAUUUUUUUAGUGUAAUAAAUCCUGAGGGAACUGAUUUAAGAAACAAGGCCGCCACACAAAGGCAGCAGUUCUGACUCCAGCAGCUGGGAAAGCGAAGUGACCCCACUGUCACUGCUGGACAGCCCACCGGUGACCAAAGCCACCACCCACGUCGGGAUGACAGCAGGGACUUCCAGCCAGGUGGCAAAGGCGCCUGGAGUGGGAUGCACCUGAGCGUCUCUUGGCCAUCAUGUUCUUGUGGGCACAUCUGUGUGUGUGCUGCCUGGGGUGUCGCUGAGCGGACAGGCUCUCCAACUGGAGCCCAUGGAGAGGCCAGAGGCUGGCGGCUCUGCCUGGGCCUUUGGAGCCUCCUGCCUGCACCCUCCACAUCUUCUAAACCAUUAUGUAGCACAUUUCGGUGUUAAUAAAACGUAACACACAAAAUA